ACGACGACGACGACGACGACAACCAUCGACGACACCGAUGACGACGACGACGGGGAAGUAGAGGGAAGAAGAACAACAGAAAGUCGGUAGUCAUCGGUUCGCAAGUGCGGAGGCUACUUAACGAGUAACAUAGUCCGCUGGCAGUUCAGUUGGCCGUAGACGGUCAGCAGGUGCCAGCUAUACUGUCAUAUUUCACCUUUUCCCGUUUUCUCUCUUUCCCUCUUAUGUGUCUCUCUGUUCUUCACCUUCGCUAUCAUCCAGUCUAUUAUCGCUUGCCUUUGAACAAUUCGCUAAAAGACGUUUAUUUCUAUCGUGCGUGCGAUAGAUAGAUAAGUGAGCCGUGUUGUUCGUGGUGGCAGUGCUGGUGCCGUUGUUUGUUGUCGUUGUUCUUGUUCUUGUUAUCUCCGUUGCCUCCUCCGCCGGUAGCAGCGGCUGUUUUAGUGGAUAGUGAAUAAUAGUGUUGAGUGUGAAACUGGAGCCGCUAGUGGUAACAGUUGCAGUCGAGAGGCAGAGCUAUCAUGUGCCCGCGGAAGAUCUUCGGACUGGCCAUCGUCGCGCUGGUGACUCUUGGUGGACGAGUGGCAGCCUAUACGAAUCAAUGGGCAGUGCAUAUCGAAGGAGGAGCGGAAGUCGCCAAGCAGGUCGCACGGGAACAUGGAUUUCAAUAUCUCGAUAAGAUAGUAGACGAUUGGUACCAUAUGGUGCACACGUCAGUGGUGAAGAGGUCGGCGGAACCACAUUUCGGAGUACAAGGGAGGCUAAUAGAAGACCGCAGAGUGCGCCGAGCGGAGCAGCAGCGAGUGAAAUCGCGAACGAAACGGGAUCUGAUAAUCAAACGCGGUCCGUCCAACCUGAAAACCGUUCUCAAUGACGAGAUGUGGCCUCAAAUGUGGUACUUGAAUAGGGGAGAGGGGUUAGAUAUGAACGUGCAGGAAGCCUGGGCUGAAGGAAUUACGGGACGCGGAAUCGUGGUCACGAUCCUUGAUGAUGGAUUGGAGAAAAAUCAUCCUGAUCUCUAUAAGAACUACGAUCCACAAGCGAGCUACGACGUUAAUAAUCAUGAUGAAGAUCCCAUGCCAAGAUACGAUGUUCUAGACAGUAAUCGACAUGGCACCAGAUGCGCCGGUGAAGUGGCUGCAACUGCUAACAAUUCCAUGUGCGCGGUGGGAGUUGCAUUCGGAGCUGGUGUCGGGGGAGUAAGAAUGUUGGACGGAGACGUGACAGACGCUGUCGAAGCGAGGUCUCUGAGUCUAAAUCCCCAACACAUCGACAUUUAUAGUGCCUCCUGGGGACCGGAUGACGAUGGAAAAACCGUCGAUGGUCCUGGUGAACUUGCUACUAGAGCUUUCAUCGAAGGAAUCACAAAGGGUCGCAACGGUAAAGGGUCAAUUUUCGUCUGGGCGUCAGGAAACGGCGGCAGGGAUCACGACAACUGCAACUGCGAUGGUUAUACGAACAGCAUCUGGACGUUGUCCAUCAGCAGCGCUACAGAAUAUGGUCAUGUGCCUUGGUACAGCGAAGCCUGUUCCUCCACUCUCGCUACCACCUACAGUUCCGGCUCAUCGGGAGAGAAACAAGUAGUGACCACUGAUCUGCAUCAUUUAUGCACGAGCAGUCAUACGGGCACGUCUGCAUCGGCUCCCUUAGCUGCUGGUAUCUGCGCUCUCGCUCUCGAGGCAAACAAAGAGCUAACUUGGAGGGAUAUGCAACACAUUGUCGUCAGAACAGCGAAACCUGCCAAUCUUAAAGCAAUAGAUUGGGUAACUAACGGAGUUGGAAGAAACGUGAGUCAUAGUUUUGGCUAUGGGCUGAUGGAUGCCGCUGCCAUGGUUCGCUUGGCCAGAAGAUGGCGAACGGUACCGGAACAACACAAAUGCGAGGUUUCAGCACCACAUAUGGGCAGGCCAAUACCACCAAAGAGCCAGCUAACUCUGGAAUUGCACGUCAAGGAGUGUAGCGGCGUUAAUUUUCUCGAGCACGUGCAGGCAAAGGUUUCACUGAUGGCCUCGAGGAGAGGAGAUCUUCAAAUACAGCUAACAUCUCCGCAAGGUACAAAGAGUACUCUCCUUGCGAAAAGGCCUCACGACAUCUCAAAGGCUGGUUUCAAUCAAUGGCCAUUUAUGUCGGUUCACACUUGGGGAGAAAGGCCACACGGCACGUGGAAGCUUGAAAUCCACAAUGAGGGUCGAUACCAAGGUCGUGCAACGCUCCACGAAUGGGCGUUGAUCUUCUACGGAACGUCAACGCUGCCCGAUCGCACGGAAUACGCGUUGUACAAUCCUGCCGGGAUGAACAUACCGAGAAGACCUUUCGUUAAACCACGGGAAACUGUGUUCUCGAAGGCACAAAACUCCCUGAUGAGCUCGAAGAUCAAGCAGACUCAACAUAAGUCGGAGAAAUCCGGAAGCCUUAGUCCGCCGUAUGUGGUCAAUGCGCAGAUACAAUCUCAGAGAAAGAGCAAAGCGCGUGGUCAGCACAAAAAUGGCAAAUCAGCCAAUAAACCUACGCCAAAGCCCACCGUGCAAACGUUAAGAGGGUUGACAGUAGCCAAGGGACCUAACGUCGCCGGGGAGAUUCGUUUAAUCACGUCCAGACCCAGAGGAAGAAGCACGCCUAGUCCAAUCACUAUCACGGUCACCCAGACCAGUCCAUCUACCACGAUUCUAACCACCAAAGUGACCAGCAGACAAAAAAUCGUCGACAUAGCGACGGCCUCGUCCCUUCAAAGAGGCCUUAUUCUCUUGGAGCCACCAGCGAAACCUGUUAUCAACAACGUGCCAGCCAUCUUCCAGCAAUAUCCUAAAAUUCAACAGCUCUAUCCACUCUAUCCCGUCUACGCUGGAGUUAGAGGAGCUGGCCAACAGCACGCAACCAGGGAUAAGGGUCUGGAAUUGCUUCAGGACGAACAGUUCGAUUCGAAGAACUUAGACAAGGACACCCUCGAAGAAUUCAAGCUAAUCUUCUACGGCACGGAGACGUCGUUGGAGUUGGAUGACGACCUGGAUAAGGACAAACCACUAUCCUCUGUGAAUCAUCAGGAUGUGAGUGUGGACAACUCGGCAAUAGGCGCAAGGCAUAACGUUGUGGUGACCGAUCCAUGGACAGGUAGCCAGCAGGUAGAAUGUGUGUCCCAUCAGGAAGUACAAAGACCGACGACCGAAAACCAGACCAGCGGUUGCAGUAGCAUCGAUCCUGGAAGUGGCAGGUGCCUAGAGUGUAAGCUGAACUGGUACUACAACAAUGGGAUCUGCGUGUACAAGUGCCCAACUGGAACUUACGGCAUUUCUGACGAGACAAAGGCAGUCUGCUCCAGUUGCCAUUACUCCUGCCUAACUUGUUCAGGAUCUUCGAAUACCGAGUGCACCAGUUGUCACGAGGAUGCCGAGCUUUCUAUGAACCUUGGCGAGUCUGUAUGCAUCCUUCGCGAGCUUUCGUGGACGAUGCACUCCACCCUAUGGUUUUAUCAGAUGACCAUUUUGUUCUCGAUCAACAUCGUCGUAUUCACCUUGAUAAUUCUAUACGUGGCUGUCAAAUGGUAUUUGCGAAGGAGGAAUUCGCUAAUGUACGGAUAUAGUAAAGUCUCGUAUACAAGUAAUGGAGACGCACAUAAAGAUAAGUUACAAGAAAAUGCCUCUUCGUCUGAUAGUGAAUAAAGAAAAUGGAUGAAAAUAAACAGCAACCGAUGCUGGUUGUGUAAUUAGAAAAUGAGUGUAAUGCUAUAAAUCUGUGGACGGUCGAGAGGAAAGAAAAACAUGAAAUCGAAAAUUACACGCUCAAGAGAUUUUUCGAUGAGAAAGUGGAGGAUGAGAGAAAAUAAAAGGAACUAGGAAUCAACAAGCACGUGAUUACCGGUUUGUUGUGAAAUUUCGAUGUGAUUGUUUGUCAUAUAAUUAAUGUUUCAACAAUGGAUUACUAGUGACAUUAAUGACAUUAACAAUAUUUUAAGCAGUGGCGGUACUCGGGAGGAUUCCGUCCUUCUGUUUGACACAUUCCAAUUGACGAGCAUGAAUUAAUAAGUUGGUAGUGAUCUCCCGGUGAAUGUUAUGGAUGCAGAGAAACGAUCGAGUUAAUGUAAUCGAAUUUGAUAAUGCAUUUAUCUACGUUGUGAUGCUUCGAGAAAAUAUGCAGAAUAUUUAAAAACAAACGUUUUAGAUCAUUAUUUUUUAACACGCUGUAUUUUAAUCUCACCAAUAACACGAUGAAGUAAAGAAAGAUAGAAUUAAUAACAUAGAGAGUGAAUAGGCGUAACUCAAUGUGAACGAGUUAUUUAACCAAAUUAAACCAUUCGAAAUGCAUUUGUGUGUUCGAAAUCAAAAAUUUCUUUAAAAGUAAAAUUAAAGUUAAAAUUCAUGCCCGGAAUUUAAAUUUGAUGCUUAAGUGGCCAAAUUCUUGAUCGAGUCAUAAUUAAUCGCGAUACAAAUAAAAUGUAUCGCAAUGCAAAUACGCUUAAUAAGUUUGGGUUCUCAGCUAAUUAACUGUUAAUAAUUAAGCCAAUUUUCGAUUAUCGUUACGGGAAUGAACUAAAUUAUACCGUCUAAUGUCUUGUCCUCGUCGAUAAUCAAAAUUAAAAUUGCAUUAUGCUCUGUAACUAACUGUAACACAAUUUUCUAACCGAGUUUCUAACUACAUAGAGCACAUUGUAAUUUAUACACCAGUGAAAUUACCAUGCGAUGCUACUUACGUAAAUUACAUUAAAGAUAUAAGACGGAAUAAGAUAUAGUAGCAUUUCCUAACGACCAAAGACUUUAAACGUUGCACUUCUAUUCAGUUAGAGCGACUUUUAGAUGUACAUAACAAGAUCAAACAAGUAUUAUGAAUAUUAAAGCUAAUUAUUAAGGUUUACAAGUUAACUAGUUAUUAUUGUUAUUCAAAUGUAAUGUAAGAUACUAACUUUAAAAUAAAAUUAAAAGACA